UUGUUGAUCAAAGGAGGUACUGUGGUUAAUGCUCACCAUCAAUAAAUCGCCGAUGUUUAUAUUGAAGACGGUGUCAUCGUUGCUGUUAAUCCAACUAUCACUGUUGGAGAUGAGGUGCGUGUCAUAGAUGCUACUGGCAAGUUUGUUAUGCCAGGAGGCAUUGAUCCUCAUACUCAUCUAGAGUUUGAGUUUAUGAACACUGUAACGAAGGAUGACUUCUUCAGUGGCCAGGCCGCAGCAUUGGCUGGUGGGACGACAAUGCACAUUGACUUUGCCAUACCAAUUGAUGGGAGUUUAACGGCCGGUUUCAAAGCCUAUGAAAAGAAGGCGAAGAAGUCUUGCAUGGAUUAUGGUUUCCAUAUGGCUAUUACCAAAUGGGAUGAAACAGUUGCAAGAGAAAUGGAGCUCAUGGUCAAGGAGAAAGGUAUCAAUUCUUUUAAGUUUUUCAUGGCUUACAAAGGAGCUCUUAUGAUCGGUGAUGAGCUUCUUCUACAAGGACUUAAAAAGUGCAAGUCUCUCGGUGCCUUAGCCAUGGUCCAUGCAGAAAACGGAGAUGCUGUGGAUGAAGGGAAAAAGAAGAUGAUAGAGCUUGGAAUAACUGGACCCGAGGGACAUGCUCUUUCAAGGCCUCCGGUGUUAGAAGGAGAGGCAACUGCUCGUGCUAUUCACUUAGCAGAUUUUGUAAACACUCCUUUGUAUGUGGUUCAUGUCAUGAGCAUUGAUGCAACGGAAGAAAUUGCGAAAGCCAGGACAUCAGGUUCUUAACUUCAAUCCUUGUAAUGUAUUCCAGAUUAUGUAGAGAAAGCAUGCAAUUACAACAUAUAGAGAUACCAUUAAGAGUCUAUUUGUAGAAAAACUAUUACGUUUGCACAACAAUAUUCUCGUUUUUUUUUAUAGAGAAAAAUGUAUAAACAAGACUUGUUGUACUUGAAUUAUAGCAGCCAUAAUUAGAUUAACUUGACAACA